GUCGUGACGAAAUCGUCUUCCUCGACAAAAUACGGCACGUUUUUUUUGGGCCAGUCGAAUAUCCUUAUUCUAUAUAUCCUUGCCCUUGACUUAAUGCUCUGUGCUAAGGCUCUGUGGAACAUAUGUUGACAUUGACUAUGGCAUUGACGUAUUUGAAUGAAAUUGAGGUUAGUUUAGUUAGAAAUCCUCUAAGGAAAUCGUCGAAAUCAUUUUGGGUGCGUUCUUUUAAAAGUUCUAAUUUAUUGUUUUUUUCAGUAGUAAUAAUUAUUAUUAAGCUUUUGCGUAAGACGUUAAGUGGCUUAAUUUUGUACUGGUGUGGACGGUUACAAACUAGGAUGCAAAAUAACCACCAUUCAGGCCAUCCUAGUACGAUGGCCAUGAAUAUGAGGGAAAAAGAAAAAUAUAUAGAGACUUUUAAUUUUCCCUUUUGCGAAGAAGCUACUAAAUACCAGAAAGUAGCAAAGAUAGGACAAGGAACGUUCGGCGAGGUUUUUAAAGCUCGUGAUAUUAGUAAUACUAAAAAAUUUGUCGCCAUGAAAAAAGUGCUUAUGGACAAUGAAAAAGAGGGAUUUCCUAUAACGGCCCUUAGAGAAAUUCGUAUUUUGCAAUUAUUGAAACACGAUAACGUAGUUAAUUUGAUUGAGAUAUGUAGGACUAAAGCUUGUGCUGCAAAUAGAUAUAGGUCGACGUUUUAUUUAGUGUUUGACUUCUGUGAACAUGAUUUAGCGGGACUUCUGUCUAAUGUAAAUGUAAAAUUUAGUUUAGGUGAAAUUAAAAAAGUGCUUCAGCAGUUGCUUAAUGGACUUUAUUACAUUCAUUCGAAUAAAAUUCUACAUAGGGAUAUGAAAGCUGCAAACGUCCUAAUAACUAAAAAUGGAGUUUUAAAAUUAGCUGAUUUUGGAUUGGCUAGAGCCUUCAGUUCUAGCAAAAAUGGACAACCAAAUAGGUUUACAAAUCGAGUAGUCACAUUGUGGUACAGACCCCCCGAACUACUUCUUGGGGAACGUAACUAUGGGCCCCCCGUUGAUUUAUGGGGCGCAGGAUGUAUAAUGGCGGAAAUGUGGACUAGAAGCCCUAUUAUGCAGGGUAAUAGCGAGCAACAGCAGCUUACACUAAUAUCACAGUUAUGUGGUUCGAUUAACCCGCAGAGCUGGCCUGGUGUGGAGCAUCUCGAGUUGUAUAAAAAAAUGGAUUUACCCCAAGAGCAAAAAAGAAAAGUAAAGGAACGUCUCAAACCGUACAUGAAGGAUCCCUAUGCCCUUGACCUUCUAGAUAAAUUGCUAGUGUUGGACCCCUUGAAACGAGCUGAUUCCGAUACAGCUUUGAACCACGACUUUUUCUGGACGGACCCUAUGCCCUGCGAGCUGGGCAAAAUGUUAGCCAACCACACGCAGAGCAUGUUCGAGUUUCUGGCACCGCCAAGAAGGGCCACUCAAAUCAGCAGGCAUCAUUCCAUGCCGAGGCCCACCACUUCCGCCGUACAGGAUAGCGGAUACCAGGAUAGGGUUUUUUAGUAGGUUUAGGAAUUUUUAUAUAAUGUUUAUAAGAAUAUUUAUUUAAUUGAAAUAUAUUUGGACAAAUUAUAGAUCUUGCUUAAAUUAACUGUUAAAAUUUAAAUGUAAAGUCCUAACUAAGGUUUUAUUUUGGAUUAUAUUUUACAGGGUGAUUUGAAAAUACCACAAAUAAAUGUGUUCAUUGUAUUUUUUGCAAUUUUUUUUAUCAUAAUGAAAGUAUUUUUUACAUACAAAUGCAGUAGAGUCUACUUAUAAAGAAUUUAAUAUGUGAACUAUUUUAUUUUUCGAAAGUUGGAAUCACAAUUUUUUUUAAAUUACAUUUUUUCAGCUUAUAAAUAAAUUGUUUUUCUAUUAUUAGUUGUUAUUGUAAGAAUAAAGAAUAUUUUGUUU